AUGUCUAAUCAUGAAAAAAAUUACAUAGCGACAACAACACUAGACCCAAAUCCAGUCAAUUCAUUUAUAAAAGAGCAAGAUAUAACGGAAGAAAACGCAACAUUUGUUGAGAAUAAAGAAAUCAACUUGAAACACGAAUCACUAAAUUCUUCACAAACAAUAAAUGAAAAUGUUAAUUCGACCGACAAGCAACAUGAACAAGAUGUAAAAACGCAAGAUGAAGUGUUGGUUGAUAUUGUCGACACAAAUAAGAAAGAAAAUUUCGAGGAUCAAAGUCAGAUUUUGCCAUUUAAAAAAUUAAUAUUUGUUUUCGUGGGUUUAUUAUUGGCACUUUUCCUUGCUUCCCUCGAUCAAACAAUUGUAUCAACAUGUCUUCCGAAAAUUGCCUCAGACUUCAAUGCUCUUGACAAAAUUGCAUGGGUUGGUACCGUAUAUCUAUUAACAGCCACAUCAGUUCAACCACUUUGUGGUAAGUUUUCGGAUAUUUUUGGACGAAAAGCUGUUUUCCUAUUUGAAGUCAUUGUAUUCUUAACAGGAAGUGCGCUAUGUGGAGCUGCUCGGUCUAUGACAACGCUUAUUAUUUUCAGAGCUGUUGCUGGAUUGGGUGCAGGUGAUCGCGGAAAGUAUCAAGGAUUUAUCGGUGGUAUUUGGGGAAUUGCGUCUUUCGUUGGUCCUUUAAUUGGCGGUGCUCUCACAGAUCAUGCUUCUUGGUGGGCAUUCUACGUAAAUUUACCUAUUGGCUUGGGAACAAUUAUCUUAAUCGCAGUUUUCCUUUCAUUACGAAGCGUCUACGGUUCAAUAAAAGAAAAGCUUGCACGAAUUGAUAUAUUGGGUAGUUUUCUAACAUUUGUCAGUAUCGUGUGUUUGAUUUUACCAACAAACUGGGGAGGAAGUGAAUACGAAUGGAGCAACUGGAGAAUCAUUUUACUUUAUUGUAUUGGUGGUAUUCUUGUCCUUCUCUUGAUUUACGUUGAACUUCGAGUCGCCAUUGAGCCAGUUAUUCCCCCGAGCGUGUUCAUGUAUCGGACUGUAAAUGCCGUUUAUGUGACAAAUUUCUUUGUGGGAAUGGUGUUUUUUUCGUUGCUUUUUUUUACUCCGUUGUAUUUCCAGGCUGUAAAAAAUGCCUCCGCAACUUCAGCCGGUCUUCACAUGCUCCCUCUCGUUUGUGGUUUUGUGUUAUUUUCGGUUCUUUCAGGAAUCGCAUUUUCAGUAACUGGACACAUUAGAGGGUUCAUUUGGUUUGGCACUUGUGUGCUGACUAUCGGUUGCGGACUUUUGAGUAUGUGGGAUGCAGACACGAAUAGUGGCAAAUUAAUAGGAUAUUUAAUCGUGACUGGUUGUGGAAUAGGAUUCGUCUUGCAGACUACUUUACUUGCAGCGCAAAGUGCUGUUCCCUACAAGGAAAUUGCGGUAGUCACUUCAAUGGCGAAUUUCUUCCGAGCUGUCGGCGGAAUCUUCGGAUUAGCAAUAAACGGUUCGGUAUUCAAUAACAUUCUCAAAAGCCGGUUUAUCGAAAUCAUCGCCUCCUCACCCGACGUACAUCUAAACAUCGACAACGCGAAAAACAAUGUUCGAUUGAUAUAUGAGAUUCCGGACCCAAUAUUGCGUGAAAAAGUCAUUGAUGCGUUUGCACAUGCCAUUAGUACAAUCUAUAUGGUCGCCAUACCGUUUGGCGUGCUGGCAUUUGUGUCAAGUUUACUUUUGAAGCAUCAUAAGAUGCGUAAAAAUCAUGGAGCGAGUGAUACCGCUACCGAAUGA